AUGGAUUUAUUGAAAUUACACGACUUUAUCGGUGCCCGAGUUUUCGUUACUGUGGCAGGCAACCGUUUACUUAGUGGAACGUUAGUUGCUAGCGAUUGCGAACUCAAUCUUCUACUAGACAAUGUUGAGGAGACUACCAGUGAAACACGCAGAAGGCUGGGACUGGUGAGCGUUCCUGAAAACACAAUUGAGUCUAUAAAGCUACACGAGAGCGCGCUCAAUUCCAUCCUUAAACGUAAGCAAACGCUCUUACGUGAUAUCGUAUAA